AUGGAGCCGACGGUGGACCAGAUCUUGCUCUCCGGCGGAUCCCUCUUGCGCACCCCUGGCCGGAGCUCUUGUAGAUCCGACCUGGAGAAGGCUUUGAAUCCCGGGCUGUCUUGGCACGGCAUUUCCAACGAGUUGACGGCGGCCAGCGCCGUGUCCCUGCUUCCCCAGCUGCAGGACUUCGGACGCACCGGCAGCAUCCACUUCUCGGAGAACUUAGUCCAGCCUCUCCAAGCUGACUUCCUUCAAUGGCAGACCCACGCCAGGAAACUGAUCCGUGCCUAUGCCGGGGCUUCCGCUCGGUUCAUCCUCAAGGUGGCCUUCGUUGCCUGGGCUUCGCGGUGGCAGAGGUUCCCAGAAGCAGAGUCUGUGGUCGCCACCGACACAGGAGCCGGCGGCAUUGCGAGGCAAGACGAUGCAGAGGUGAUGUCUCCAGAAAUCCAUGAGAAAGUGCAGCCGACCAAGCUGCUGGAUCCGCAGCACCAUGAGGAUUCUCACGAGCAGUGCUAUCAGGAGCUCCUGGAUGCGCAGCAAAGGGCAGCGUUGGCCGAGAGGCAGGUCCUGGAGCUGGAAGCAAAGCUCCACCAGCUUUCGUCGUCAGGGCCUGUCGUGCAGGUGGCGACUCCGGUCGUGGCGCCGCCCUUGCUAGCGGCACCGGGAAGGCCAGCAAGGCUGGUGAGGUCCUUGCUUGCGCAUGCCGACUGCCAAGCGCUUCGGGUGGUCUUCGCUUCUUGGAGGGGUAGCCUGCAAGCCAGAUUGCAGCGCUGCGUGGUGACGAGAAAGCUGGAGGAAAGGCAAGCAGCGAGCGCUGCCCGAAGCACCCUCCUCGCAUGGCGUGAGAUCAGCCGAUGGGGUGCACAGCCCAGUGGGACGCUGCAGCCUCUAGGGAAAGAAGGUGUACUUGCCCUCCGUGCCUUCCUGUGCUGGGCUUCUGGGGUCUCGCACCAGCGGGAGGGUCGCCAAGCUGCAGAAGCUUGUGCAGUGAUGGCCGACAGACUAGGCAGCGCUUUGCUCCGGCCAGCGUUCGGGGGCUGGAAAGGCCGCGUGUGCCAAAUGACCGGCAACCGACGGCUCGCCUGCACCGGGACCGUUGGAGUCGGUUUCGUUUUUCGUGGCUGGCAGUCCGAGACCUUUGGAAGAUAUUCAGUGUUGGAGAUGCGCCGCGCCCAUGCAUCUGAGGAUAAAUGGAAGCGCUCGGCUACAACGUCACUGGCGAUGACAGCCUGGCAUCGCCGGGCGCAGCAGUCUUCGCGCCUGCGCUUGAGCUUUUCGGCAAAGGAGCUCGCCUUCCAGAGGCUGGUCUUAGGUGCUUGGCGAUUGGCGCUUCCCGAUCUUCAGCCAGGUGCGACCCCACCUCGGACUCGGCUGUUGAGGCCUCGUCCCAGCCCUGAAUCUGCGCGCGUGGCCAAGCUGGUCUGCACUCCGGAGGAUGUAUCUGCACGAGCGGAAGCAGUCGAAGCGGGAGCAGCUGUGUGCGACCAGGUGCAAGCAGCUCCCCCGACUUUGUUGCAGCAGCUGCAUGUGCACGCGACGCGGCUUCUGCGGGAAAAGAUCAAAGACAACCAAGGCCAGCCGCCCAGCAGCAAUGGCGAGCCAAUUGGAGAAGAUGCAGCCAAGGGCCAUCCGAAGUACAUGCCGACCCCUUCCAAGUGCUCCGUAGCCCGCAAGCACUCGCAGCCUUCAGCCGAGGACCGGCCGCUGGGGCCACUGGGGGCCAAGACUGAACGCAGGAAGGCAGUGGAGACGACGGUCACCACAGGCAGGGGCCGAGCAAUUCCCCGCCACACGUCACAGGGCAAAGCCCCAGUGGCGCAGUCCAGACUGAAGCUUCAAGAGCUGCAGAUCCCACAAACUUCUCCUCAAUGUCAUGUUCAACAAAUCAAGCGGAUCGAAUCCUGUGCGACGAAGAUCGCAAUGGCUGCUGCCAUGACCGACACCAACAGUCCAUGGACCUACAACGUCCUGUGUGGCCUUUGUGCAACAGGCUUCUACUGUACAGGCGCGGGGCUUUUCCAGAUGACGGUGCUGCCUUCCUUCAUCUUGCUGGUCGGCGGGAGCAACUUUGACGUUGGCUUUGCGGAGGGCUUGCAAGGCCUCACCAACCUGAUCUUCGCUUUGCCAGUUGGAUACAUUGCCGACAAGUGGUCGAGACGGGCAUGCAUAAGGAUUGGCGCCAGUCUCUCCCUCCUGUCUGGCGCGUGCUUGUUACUCGCCGUUCUCUUGGCGACGGCCGACAAUUCAACGGCCUUUGCGAUCCUCUGUGCAGCUCUGGGUCUGCAAGGCAUCUGUGAUGGCAUCAUGAACGGACCGCUGGUGGCCUUGAUGGACGACUCGUGUCCUGCGGGACGGCGCUCAGACGUGGAAACCAUGAAUGCCGUGGUGUAUGGAGCUGCCUCGUCAGUCGGCCCGCUCGUCGGGUUGGUGGUCUUCCUCUACGCAGGCAACACGUGGUCACUAAGCUCCAUGAAGAUCGUUAUCGCUCUUGGUGUCCUGAUAUGCCAAAUGGCGAUUUUCCCUUGCUUCUUCAUGGACGACCGACGUGCGCUUGGGGAGUGCAGUGAGGCGGUUCAUCUUCAGGAGCGUCUCGUGGGAGACUCGGGUGGGGCUCGAGAGCUCGUCGAGCGCAACCAGAGGGCGUCAUGCUUCGGUUUGAUCACCGUUGGCCGCGUUCGAUUGGUCCUUUUCAUGAACGAAGUCAUCCUUUGUUUGGGGGCGGGAAUGACCGUGAAAUUCUUCCCCGUCUUCUUCAAGCAGGAGGGUCACAUAAAUCCAGCCGUCCUUCAAGCAGUCUUCGCUUCCUUGUCGGCUCUGACGGUUGUCGCGACGCUGAUCUCCACCCGCAUCUCCAAGUGUGCGGGUCGCCUCCAGGUCAUCAUCCCAUGCUACGCUUUGGGCAUCACUUGCACAAUUCUGCUGGGUUUGCUGAGACCGUACUACACGGUGCCUGGAGUCAUGCUGCCGGUUUUUCUUCUGCGCUGCUGUUCGAUGUGGGGCGCGAGUCCCCUCCUUGGAUCCAUCAUCGCCGACUACACCCCGAAGGCGCAGAGGGGGCGUUGGAAAGCCCUGGGCUCCAUCACUGCAAUGGGCUGGUCUGGCAGUGCCGCUGUAGGCGGUGCUCUGAUCGAUCACUUCGGCUACGGCAUCACCUUCGCCAUCACGGGCUGCAUGCAGUCUCUGGCUCUGCCGACGAUGUGCAGCCUGAUGCCGCUGGUCGCCAAAGAGUCGGAGUUGCUUGCAGCAGCGGAGAGGACGUGUGGUGACGACAGCACCAGCACCUUAGAAGAUUCAUGCGUCGAAACUGGACUGUCAGGGUUUUGGUGA